CACUGCGAGAGUGCACACACAGAGAAUAAAAAAAUACAUUGAAAAUGUUUAAAUUCUAAAUUAAAUUCAAAUAUUAAACUAUAAUUAAUUUUGAGAUGAAAACUUAUUUUUUUAAUCCAAAUUUCAUAUAAAUAUAUUACAAGUGAAGUGACUAUCAUGGCUGUAUUUUUUGUUUUGUUAGCCGCAGUGGUUAUUUUGACUUAUAUUUGGUUUCAAUACAAGUUUACUUAUUGGUCAAGAAAAGGCGUGAAUGGUCCGAAACCUGUGUUUCCCUAUGGUAAUAUACGUGAUGCACUCAGAAGAAAAGAUCAGUUUUUUCAACCAUACUGUGACAGUUAUGUUAAAUUUAAAAAUUUACCCUACGUGGGCAUGUAUUCAUUUUACCGGCCAGUAUUGUGUGUGAAUGAUUUGGAAAUGGCUAAGCACAUUUUGAUUAGUGAUUUCGAUCACUUUCAAUCACGUGGGAUUUACUCUGGAGGGCGCAAUGACCCGUUAGCGGAAAAUUUAUUUAAUAUUUCUGGCAAGCCUUGGAGACAGUUACGGUUAAAAAUGUCGCCGACGUUUACUUCCGGAAAACUAAGAACAAUGUAUCCAUUUGUGGAGGGAGUGGCAAAUAAAGCUCGCAGUUAUGCUGACAUGCUCUACUCGAAAGGGAAAUCCAUCGAUUUUUCUGAAUUCUAUGAGAGAUAUGCUAUGGAAAUCAUUGCAAAUGUUGGAUUUGGUGUUGAAUGUAACGGUUUGACGAAUCCGCAAUCAGAGUUCGACUGUUGCGGACGUGAAUAUUUUGAAAUAAAGUCGCUAUACUGGUCUAUUAUACGAGCAUUUGCAUUUAUCGCUCCUGAUCUUUUCUCCAAGUUACGUAUAAGACGUAUCAGUCGAAAGGUGGAAAACUUUUUCUAUGGCUUGGUUAAAGAAACUGUCAGCUACCGCCAAAAACAUAACUAUAAGAGGAAUGAUUUUCUGCAAACACUUAUUGACUUGAUGAAUGGACAAAUUGUCAGUGAAAACGGUGAUAUUAAACGGGUUCACGAUUUCCCAUUCUCAAUGAACGACGUGGCAGCGAAUGCUAUGUUGUACAUGAUAGCAGGAUAUGAGACUUCGGCAAAGACUGGACAAUUUGCAGCUUACCAGCUCGCUCUAAAUCCUCACAUUCAAACAAAAGUGAGGGAUGAAAUAGACAGAGUGCUGGCUAAGUAUGACGGGGAGUGUACUUAUGAAGCGCAGAACGAAAUGAUCUAUCUGAAUAUGGUGCUUGAUGAGACGAUGCGACUCUAUCCAGCGCUACGAGCAAUAUUUCGGCGUUGCAAUAAGCCAUACAAGCUACCCAACAGUGAUGUAGUCAUUGAAGAAGGUACAUUAGUAUUUGUGCCCAUACAAGCGAUACAUAUGGAUCCACAGUUUUAUCCCGAACCCGAGAAAUUUGAUCCCGAAAGAUUUGCGCCAGAAAAGAAAGCAAAGUUUCAUCCUUGUCAGUGGAUGCCUUUUGGAGAAGGACCAAGGAAAUGUUUAGGAGCACGCCAAGGAUAUAUACAAUCAAAGCUGGCCUUAAUUAAGAUGUUGCAAAAAUACGAGUUGGUUCUGGAUGAACGGACGGCGGUUCCUUUAAAACUGAAAACGUCCUGUCUAGUGUGGGCGGCUGAAGGAGGAGUAUGGCUUAAGCUUAGAGAACUUAACAAUAAUGGACUUACAUCAUAAGAAAAUAUAUUUUAGUCUAAUUUUGGAAACAACUGUAUCUCCAGAUCUUUAUAGAUUCAUUAGUAGGUGUUGAAACCAACUGGACUAAUUGAAUUACGCAAGAAUAAAGUUUGCGAAUUGGUUGAUCAAUCACAUAAUGAUUUUGGAACUCAUGUUGCUACAAGCACAGAUAAUAUAAUAUUACAUACUACUAGUAACGCUAUCUAUUGAGAAUACAGAAUUCCUAAGGAGGUUUUCAUUUUAUAUGUAAUAAUAGUAUAGUAGAAGUAAGGGAAGAACGAAUAUAAAGUAAAGUAUAAACUAUAAACUAAAUAAAAAAAGUAUAAACUAAAUCCGCCUUAAUAAUGUCCUUUGUCGCUAAUAUACCUACAGUCGAUUUAGUCGAGCUUUAGAGUUAUCAAUAAUAUUAAUAAUUAUUUUGAAAGUCAAGUGUACAUUUUUGCUUAGUAUCUCAGACCUACAAAAGUUAUAGACGGACCUCUAUGUACAGUAAAAAUAAACUAUGGCUUCAAUAGGCUAUAAUAUAUCGUCCGCAUUUUCUAUGAUUUAUUUGUUGAUCUGAGCGUAUUAAGCUUUCAUAUUAUAAAACCACCGAUGCAUAGAUAUAGUACACCAAUUCCUUAUAAGAGAAGAUUUCAUAUGUUUUAAAACUGUAAUAAGCUGUUCCUAAAGUAUUAUUGCCUGCUUUAAAUGGUUGUGACCGUAUAAUGAAGAAUGUUACUAGGUAUGCCAAAUCGGUCGAAAGUUUGAUAUAGUAAAGUUUGUAUGAAUACAAAUAUACUAGUUUUUGUUUUAGUCAAAAAUAUCUAUUAAUUUUGAUUUUAUAGGCAUUUAAACUUACGAUAAAUUUCGAGUCCCGCUAACAGUCACGUGACGUGUGACGUCAUUUUACAACAGUCCACUCCACUUAGUAGCGAGUCGUCAGUAUUUUGUUUUGUUUUCAUCCGCGCAUUACGUUAUUAUUCUAUUAAUUAAUUAAAUGCAUGAGGGAUUCAAAAAUGGCAAUCGUAUAAUAUGCUUAAAAUAGAUGCAUUAAUGGUUGCCCAUUAUUUAUCAACAAAUAGUGAUUUCGUUGACGUCGAAAUGCGAGGAAUA